AUGGCAACUUCCUCUUCUUCCUCCUCCGUCGAAUCCCAGCCGCAGCAUCAAGUCUUCAUCAAUUUUCGAGGGAAACAGCUUCGGUACGGUUUCGUCAGCCAUCUGGUGAAGGACUUGGAAGGGGAUGGAAUCAACGUCUUUAUCGACGAACACGAAACUAGAGGUAACGAUCUCAACGUCCUCUUUGAUAGAAUCGAGGAAUCGAAGAUAGCCAUCGCGAUCUUCUCGAGCAUGUACACGGAGUCAGAUUGGUGUUUAGACGAGCUCGAUAAGAUCAUGGAGUGCGUUGACUCACGCACACUUGUCGUCAUUCCGGUCUUCUUCAAAGUGGAGGCAGAGGAUGUGAGAAACCAGACGGGAGUGUUCGGUGACAAUUUUGAGAAAUUGGCUAAGGAUCAUAGUGAUAAGAUCGAUAAGUGGGAAAAAGCUUUAAAUCGUGUCCCAGAAAAGAUGGGCUACGUUUUAAAUGAAACAAGCAAAGAGAGUGAAUACGUCCUUAAACUUGUUGAGAAUGUGAAGAAACAGCUAACUCGUAUUUCGACAGAGCUGGAAGGUGAAGGAGAUGAAAGGGCUUCUUCUCUGUUUGGCAUAGAACCACGUAUUAAGCAAUUUGAAGAGAUGUUCGAUUCUGCCUGCGGCCGUACUUUAACGAUUGGUGUUGUUGGGAUGCCUGGUAUUGGUAAGACCACCUUGACAAAGAAGCUGUAUGAAAGGUUUGAAGACAAGUUUGCGCGCACUGCGUUUCUUCCAGAUGUCCGUGAAAUGUGUAGAAACGGCACAAUGGAGCGGAGCAUUCUCACAAGAGAGUUGUUGAGGAAGGAAGAUGUGAUCCAACAAGUCUCUUACAUGACCCCUGAAGUCUUGAACAAACACCUACUCGAUAAGAAAUGUCUUGUUGUUCUUGAUAAUGUGAGUGACAAGAAACAGAUAGAGGUUCUUCUUGGUAAAUGCGACUGGAUUACGGAAGGUAGCUUAAUCAUUAUUACAACGAGUGACAGGUUGGCGAUCGAAGGAAAGGUUGAUGACACAUAUGAGGUCUCGAGACUGAGUGGCAGAGACAGCUUGCGGUACUUCAGCUAUUAUGCCUUUAGUGGUCACAUCUGCAAUAUGGAGGGAAAUUUCAUGAAUCUUUGUAAAGAGUUUGUGGAUUAUGCCAAAGGCAACCCAUUUGUUCUCAAGAUAUUGGGUAGGGAGCUUCAAGGUAAAAACAAUACUCACUGGGAAAAGACACUCCGCAAGCUAGCACAAAGUCCCAGUAAGACGAUAAAAGGCGCCUUGCAGCUAAUCUAUGAUGAACUCGCUCUGGAUCAACAAAAUGUGUUUCUAGACGUAGCGUGUUUCUUUAGAUCAGGGGAUGAGUAUUACGUGAGGUGUUUAGUGGAGUCUUGUGAAAAUGAGCCCAUUGAUGCUGCGAGUGAAAUACAGGAUCUUGCCAGUAAAUUCUUGAUAAACAUCUCUGGUGGACGAGUGGAGAUGCACGAUUUGCUGUAUACAUUUGGCCAGGAACUUGGUUCACAAGGUCAGAAACUUGGUUCACAAGGUCAGUGUAGGGUGUGGAACCAUAAAGGCCUUGAUGCUGCUCUGAAGAACACAGCGGGAGCAGACAGCGUGAGAGGUAUUUUUCUCGACAUGUCUGAAUUGAAGAAGGAACUUCUUCUGGACAGAUGUACCUUCACUAGGAUGCAUAACCUUAGGUACCUCAAAUUCUAUGAUUCUCGUUGUCAUCGGGAAUGCGAAGCUGACUACAAACUAAACAUCCCUGAUGGACUUGAGUUCCUUGCUUUGGAUGAGAUUCGGUAUCUCUACUGGCUGAAAUUCCCUGAGAAGAACCUUCCAGAAGACUUCAACCCCAAGAAUCUUACCGACCUUAGCUUGCCUUACAGCAAGAUUGAAGAGGUCUGGGUUGGUGUUAAGAAUACACCGAAGUUAAAGUGGGUGGAUCUUAGCUACUCAAGCAAGUUAUGCAAUUUGUCAGGGUUGUUAAAUGCCGAAAGUCUCCAAAGAUUGAGUCUUGAAGGUUGCACGAGUUUGCAGGUGUUGCCCAAGAACAUGAAACGCAUGAAAAGUCUUGUUUUACUCAACAUGAGAGGAUGCGCGAGUCUCCUGGUUUUCCCAAGUAUCAAUCUGAGAUCUUUGAAAACUCUCAUCCUCACCAACUGCUCAAGCCUUCAGGACUUCCGGGUGACUGCAGAUAAUCUAGAAACUCUACACUUAGAUGGAACUGCAAUUGUUCAACUUCCUACAAACAUGGGGAAGCUCCAGAGACUGAUUGUAUUGAACUUGAAAGACUGCACAAAGUUGGUGGCGGUUCCAGAAUGCCUGGAGAAGCUGAAAGCUCUGCAAGAACUGGUGCUAUCUGGUUGUUCAAAGCUCAAGACUUUUCCAAUUACCAUUGAAAACAUGAAAUGUUUGAAGAUUUUAUUGCUUGAUGGGACAAAAAUUACAGACAUGCCGCAGAUAUUGCAGUUCAACAGCUCAAAAGUGGAAGACUUAUGCUCAUUGCGACGUCUAUGCUUAAGCGGGAACGAUAAGAUUAGCAGUCUGCAAAUCUUCAUCAGUCAGCUACAUCAACUGAAAUUUCUUGACCUGAAGCACUGCAGAAAUCUUAUAUCAAUUCCUUUGCUUCCACCAAAUCUAGAGAUCUUAGAUGCACAUGGCUGCGAGAAGCUGAAAACAGUGGCCUCACCCAUGGCCGUUCUCAAGCUUGUGGAGCAGGUUAAGACUAAAUUCAUUUUCACCAACUGCAACAGUCUGGAAGAAGCUGCAAAGAAUAGCAUCACAUCGUAUGCUCAAAGGAAAAGCCAGCUAGAUGCAGUUAGAUGCUAUAAAGAGAAAAAUGUUUCAGAACCUUCCCUCAUUACUUCCUUUCCAGGAAGCGAAGUACCUUCAUGGUUUAACAAUCGUGGGAUUGGAUCCAAGUUAAACCUUGAGUUUCCGCCACAUUGGUGUGAAAACAGGCUUUCAACAAUAGUUCUAUGCGCUAUUGUCAGCACUGAAGAUGAAAUCAACCACUGCUCAAUAGAGUGCACUUUUGAGUUCAAAAACGAAUCUGAGACUGACAUACGUUUCAGUUACAUUUUUGGUGGAGGUUGGAUCGAACCGCGAAAGAUUGAUUCAGAACAUGUGUUUAUCUGUUACACCAGUUCGUCAGACAUAACAAAACAUCUAGAAGGGUCGUCGUUGCAUUUGCGAGACCAUCAGAAAUGUGUUCCUCCAGAGGCUUCUAUCGAAUUCAAAGUUAGAGAUGGAACAGGUGAUAUUGUGAACUGUGGUUUUAGUUUGGUGUACGAGGAAGCAAACCAUAACCAUGUCGUUAUUGAAGAGAACUAUAAUGAAACUUCUCAAACAAGAGAUUUUCCAGUUGGAGAAAGAAUGUUGAGCAUUGCUGGUGUAGUCUUUUUGCUUUAUGGGUUUGCUAGAUUUUUUAUCAAGUAA